GUGCCAACCUACAUGCACGGUCGUAACGUCUCCCACUCCACCUUCUGAUUUGUUAUUGGUUUUGUGUAAGGGCCAAUAACAGUUAUCCUCCCUCUCUCAUGAAAUGUAUCAGUGUGCUGAUUAGGCAAUGAUCACGCGAUGUUCACUGUUUUGGUUUAGUCUCUUUCUUGGAUACAUACAUAAUAGUAAGGCGACGGUGAGGCGUUCUGCCUGUAUUUAAUCUAUAGACGCCUUUAGCAUUAUUAUGGACAUUGACAUCGACAGCUGAGUUAAAUGUCAAAUCGUCAAGUGAGGUUAGAAUUCAGACUAAAUGUCAGCAAACUAUAACAAAUAACAAAAAGAAAGUUGGAUUUAUAUACACAAAAUAGUGCGAGACAAUAACAUUAAAUUAGCUCUGGUUACGAACUAAGUUGAUAUUUUAUACAAAAAUACAACUCCAGCAUGGGGAAGAAAGCAGAAGUUGGUACUCCGAAGUACCUUGCAAACAAAAUGAAAGCAAAGGGGCUCCAAAAGCUUCGAUGGUACUGCCAGAUGUGUCAGAAGCAAUGUCGAGACGAAAAUGGCUUCAAGUGCCAUACUAUGUCAGAGUCUCAUCAAAGGCAACUGCUCCUAUUUGCUGAUAACUCCAAAAGGUACAUUGAUGACUUCUCAUUAGACUUUGCCAAAGGCUACAUGGAGAUACUUCGUCGGCAGUUUGGAACAAAAAGAGUGAAUGCCAAUAAGGUCUACCAAGAGUAUAUUCGUGAUAGAGAUCAUAUUCACAUGAAUGGUACACGGUGGGUCACUUUAACAGGGUUUGUGAAGUGGUUGGGGGCCACAGGACAGUGUGUUGUUGAUGAGACUGAAAAAGGGUGGUUCAUCACUUAUAUAGAUAGAAGUCCAGAGACUGUGGCUAAUGAAGAAAAAAAGAAGAAAAAGAUGAAAAUGGAUAAGAAUGAUGAGGAAAAGCAAAUGGAGUUUAUAGAAAAACAAGCAAAAUUGGUGAGUGAAAUGGCUGGCCCAUCAGAGGAACCUGUUUAUACAGAGCUAGUGAGGGAAAAUGAAGAAGAACCAUUGAAGCUAGAUAUAAAAAUAAAAACAGAAAAACCUAUGAUCAAUUCAGUAAAAAUUCUACAGCUGUCUAAAAGACCUUCAGAUUCUCAGCAAACUACUUCAAGUGAUUCAAAGAAAAUAAAAACUGAGAAAAGUAAAAAGACAGCAUUAGAUGAAAUAAGAGAACAAGAAGAGUUAAAGAAGGAGAAGAUGAACAGAAAAGAUUAUUGGCUUACUGAUGGAAUAGUAGUGAAAGUGAUGAACAAAAGCUUAGGAGAAGAGUACUAUAAGCAAAAGGGUGUUAUCAGAGAAGUGAUAGACAAAUAUGUGGCUAUAGUCAAAUUGUUAGAUAGUGGUAAAAAGUUAAAAAUUGAUCAAGAGCAUCUGGAGACAGUAAUACCGGCUAUUGGAAAAUUAGUGAAAGUUGUGAAUGGUGCAUACAGGGGUGAGACUGCCACUUUGUUAUCUAUACAUGAGAAAAACUUUUGUGCUGAGAUUGAAAUCGCUAGUGGACUGCUCAAAGGGAGAAAAGUUAGCGGGGUUGAAUAUGAAGAUAUAUGUAAAUUACAUGAGCAUUGAACUAAUAUGAAUGUAUAUAUUUUUUGUACAGUACAACAGAAAACUUGUAUUAUAUGUAAAAUAAAGUUAUAUGGAAUAGCUGGA